AUGUCGCAAGAGACUCCUAGCUGGGCAAAAGAAGUGCCAUUCCUUUACGGUGAAAGCCGAGAGGGCUGGACGACUAAAUGGCGGCAGAGCUGCUUCUGCAAGAAGACUGCUUUUGUCUACGACAGAGAUCCACUGCAGGUCAAAGUCUGUCAUUGUACUGGCUGUCAGAAGCUGCACGGCGCCCCAUUCCAACAAGCAGCCAUAUUCCCCAAAGACGCAGUCCGGCUCGAUACAUCUCCCGAUCACGUCCGCUUUCUCAGCGCUUCCGCCGAUUUUCACGCGCUAUCAUCAUCGCCCACGCCGAUCCCUCGCAAGAUAUCGUGUGGGUCGUGCGGUACGCCAUUCAUGGACGAAGGGCGGAAUAUGGUGUUGGCUUUCCCGCCGACAUUUGAGUUCGCCAGGGGUAAAGGGGAGAAGGGCGUUCCGGAAGUUUUCAGGCCAGGGUGUCAUAUCUUUUAUGGGCAGAGGGUCAUGGAUUGUCCAGACGGGCUUGACAAGUGGAGAGCGCAUAAGAACGAAAGCGAAAAGAUGGGAGACACCCAAGGAGAAGAAGAAGACCCCAAAGAAGAGGAGGUAGGCGCCCAAGGCAAGGAAGAACAGACUGAGGAUCGAGAAGCCAAGAGACCAAGGAUCAGUUGA